AUGAAUCCUUACAAAGGGUAUGUCGAUCGAAUUUACCUAAUUGGUAUUUCCAAUCAGAUUGAAGAAGGUAAAAUGACAUGGGAAGAAGCUUGCACCCAUGUUCCCAUCGCCCCAACCCUUCAAUCAAAUGAUUUCAAAUAUUUAGAUGUUUCAAAAUCUUUUUUACAAAAUCAAUUUAGCUUACAGAAUAUCCCAUUGCCUAAAGGCAAGAAAGGUCGUAGGGUCAAUCCCUACGACCAAAUCAAAGCUCUUGCUGUGAUACAUGACCACUGGGCCUUUCCCUGUGGUCAAACAAAACAAUGGAAACGUUUGAAAUUACAACAAAUUGAUGUAUCUUAUAGAGAAGUACGCAGAUACUUCAAAGAAAAUCAUUUCACCAAGACGCGAUUAGAGCAUGCCGGGCCAGAAACAGCAGUAAGAUAUUGGGCGCUUUCACCCAAUCUUAUCUGGCACGCAGAUGUUCAUUAUUUUAGGGGUGUUCGUGGCCAGUAUAUUUAUGGCAUAAUCGACGAUUUUAGCCGCAAAGUCCUAGCGUGUAUACAAAUACCAGAUAUGCUGGCAGCGACGACAGCGAACGUUGCGGCUUCCGCCUUCAUUGAAUUUGGCGCCCCUUAUUGUUUCUGGACCGACAACCGUUCAGAAAAUAGGAGCACCUUUCAAGAUCUACUUGAUCUUUGA